CUGUGGAUCACUGGAUCUGCUGAAUUAUUUUGUUUUUCGUGCUUUGGCUGAGCUUACUGUUAGCCGAUGAUCGCCCAUGAUUUUUAAACUGAAUUUGAGUGUAAUUAAUUUCUGCUAAACUGCCAUUUUUCUCGCGUUAUAGCCGUGGCACAUUAAAUCCGUUCGUUGAUUUUUCUGAAGUCCCAACAGUCCCUGAAUAACUGCAGCGUACUGUGUUUAUCAGAUGCGAGUAACAGUGUAACUGUUUACCUGUGUCAGGCUGUGUGUGAUUGGUGAAACGGCUAGAAAAUGGCUAGAAACACUGCUCAUGACGCUGACAGUCCCGUAGACUCAGCUAACUCCGCGGACUCGGAAUUUGCUGAUCUCCUUGGAAUGUAUCUAGACAUUCAACAGGGAUACCAUUCCCUUGUCAGCGAAUGUCUGGAAACAGAGGAAAUUUUCCUGGAUAUGGUGCGACACGAAGACGAGCAUGUGCGACGUCAGUGGUACAUUGCCAGCAGUCAAGUGAAUCAGUACCAGAAAGCAUCCGAAUCUGAAGAUCACAGCACUCGCAAUCAGGGAAUUAUUAGGAAUAUUCGCGCGCAGCUGCAGAACGAAAUGGAUCGCCGCUUGGAGGCUGAAGAUCGCAUCCAGAUGUUCGAACGCCUGUUUGACCGCUUUAAAACGGUCCUGGAAAGCGGCAUGGUCACGGAUGAGGAACGACAGCGUUUGUUCCGCUCUAUGAAUGAAGUAUCGCAAGGCCGAAGUGGACCGAGCCGCGUGUGGACGGGCAUCCGUAAAUCAGAGGACAUCGAUGCGGGACGGAUUUCUUUCGAUCAGAGCGAUGACGAAGUGCUUGAUGAAGAGGAUGAAAUGGACGUCCAGGAAGAUAUUCAGACCACUACUCGGCGCAUCAGUGUGAAAAACGAUUCCGGAGAAAUGACCAAAUUCGCUAAACUGAUUGAAAGAGGCGAUGGAGAUGUGGAGAUCAUUUCGAAGACACACGUCCGCAUCCCGGAGAACGGUGCUCCGAUUGAGGCGCGAACAUCCCUGUCGACGCGACCGCGACGCUCCGUGGCCUUCGCCGAUGUGCGCGAUGGUCGUCGUAGUCAGAGUGUUCCGCGUUUGAGUAGCGAGCAGACCACUGGACAGCGCAUCCGACGAAGCAACGAGACAACUUUUCUCAGUUGCGAUGCGUCCAGUCAAGGCGGCAGCGAUGCAGAUUCCAUCGCCAACGUGCCCGGUCCGUCGGAGAUGCCCCGCGCGGAGGUAGUCAGCGGCAUCCUAAAUCGCCGCCGGUCCCGCUCCGUGGGCGGUGGUUUGGAUGUUCAUCAUGAUUUUGUGUCCAAGCGGAUGUGGUAUGACACCAAAUGUACGCACUGCCGCUUUCCAGUCCGUUUCGGGCGCGUGGGGCUGGUGUGUUCCGACUGUCGGAUGGUGGUGCAUGACGCCUGCCAGGCCCUUAUCACGACACCGUGUGCCCCGGAGCGGGAUCGACCGAAUGCCGAUCAGUCCAGCGGCAAAUGGAUUGAUUUGAAUAAAAUCGCUCCGACCGAAACUCCACGCGUCCCCACUAUGUUCGUGCAGUUGGUGCGCUUCAUAGAGCGACAUCUCAACGAAGAAGGUUUAUAUCGAGUUCCCGGAUCGGUCGACCAAGUGAAAAAGCUCAAACGGGAUCUGCUGAAAAAUAAAUUUGAAUUUCGGAAGGAUGAUCUGCGCGAUGUGCAUGUGGCGUGUAGUUUGCUGAAGAAUCUCAUCUCGGGAUUAAAUGAGCCCUUGCUUACAUACCAAUUAUGGCCGGAGUUCAGUAAGAUUGCCUCAUCGGCGAACAUGGACGAAUUUUAUCGCCUAAUCAACAAGCUGCCGCCGGUCAACCGCGAGACAUUAGCGUAUCUGAUGCUGCAUUUCAGAAAGAUCACCCAGGCGCCGAAUGUGCGGAUGCCGGCGACCAAUUUGGUGAAGGCGAUCGCUCCGACCAUCGUGGGCAACUCGCGUCCGCAGGAGCAGAUGACGCCGCAGAUGCUGACGGCCGAGACCUUCCGUGCUCAGAUCAUCAUGAGCAAGCUGUUGGAUAUCCACGUUCGUUUCUGGGAAGACAUGAUCCGCGGUGGACCGGCCGGAUCCGGCUCCUCGAAUGGCACAAACUAUCACGCUCACAAUUCACCGGAUUCAGCGCGUCCAGCUCCCGCUGAUCGUCUGGUGCAGAAUGGAUUGGCCGGAUUCCGGGAGAACGGCAAUUCGUUCUCCAAUGUCGCUAGGUCUAUUUUCGGCAACAGUAGGAACAAUCUGUCGAAAUCCAACAUGGAGCCAUCGUACUUCCGCUCGCCCACCAUGGCAGACUAGAUCCUUCUUUAGUUUAAAGUCUGUCUUUUUAUGGCUGCAUAUGUACGGAUAAUGAUUUGGUUUUUUUUUAUCGUAGUGGCGUUUUACGGUCCUAGUUCUUGCAGUGAAAUAUAAUGAAAUAAUUGUUUUUCUGCUAUAUUUGUUCGCUCAGUGCCUUAUUUUGAUUGCGAUGAAUUUUAGAAUUAUGAAAGAAUUCAGGCAUUUGUAUAAUUGAUUGCUUUUGUCAAAUAGCGAUGUGCUGCGUUUUGUUUUUAGAGCGGCAAUGUUUGCUGCGCGAAUAAAUAAGCUGCAAU